GAAUCCCUUGGUUCCUGCCUCUUUUCCUUUCCCCCCUCGCCUUGUCUGCAGUCCAUCUCGUUUUCUUCGCAUCCCCUUUCUCGCCCCUUCGUUUUGCGUGGUACCCUGAGCGAAGCUGGGUGGAUGGACAGUAAGCGCCGCACAACUGAGCCUGCACGCUCGGCUGUUAGCCCGCGGGUCCGGGAGGCGACUCGAGAGGACGCUCCGGGCUAUGUCGAGGCCAUGCUGGCGGGAUACGAGAUGGACCCUCAGUUUGUAUACCGUUAUCCAUAUCGAAAGCAGUACCCGGAUGACGCCCGCUCAGCCUCAAUCGCCGUAGUCGAAGCAGCGAUCGAAAAUCCAAACACAGUCGUCCUUGUGGCUGAGCUACCCGUCCCGCAGUCUGACAACGAGGCCAUCGCUGAGGAGGAUUGGAAGAUCGCCGCCGUUGCAACGUGGGAGUGGAAAACUCUCGACGACGUCGAGAGUGGAACACAUCCGCCAGGCUUCUCAGCCGUGGAUUCACCUCGCCGUGACAUGGAUCCCACUAGACAGGCCGAGUUCAUCGACGCCAUCACCGCCGCCGAGCGGCGAUGCUUCGGCCCCCAGUGGGGUCAGCACAGGAUGGAGCUCGCCGACCUGGCGUGCCACCCGGCGUUUCAGCGUCGCGGCGCCGCAACUGCGCUGACGAGGUGGGGGAUGGCGAAGGCGAGCUUGCAGGGCGUGCCCGUCAUGCUGACGGCGAGCCCCAUGGGCAGAAAGGUCUACCUCAACCUGGGCUUCAGAGAGCUGGACUACUUCGAGGUCGGCGGUGGCAUCGAGAGGAUCGGGACCUGGGUCAUGGUCUGGACUCCGGACGGAUGGGAAGCUCCAAAAUGAAAAUGAAGUCAAAAAAGAAGCGGAAGAGAAGAAAAGAAAGCGCCUACUCGGCCUCUGUGUCGCGUGUAUUCAGACUGUAAAAGAGGCUUGUGGUCAUCGCUUCUCCUGGCCUGUUGAGCUGCAAGCAAAAGCUGUGUGAUGGGCUGGCCUUCGAUGAUACUACCGCUGCAAAGCUUCGUUUGGUGCCUCGUCCAAAGCCUGUGCACAUUCUGCGUGACUCUUUUCUCCUCUCACACACACACUCUCUCUCUCUCAUUUUUUUUCUGGGUCUAUACUCUGCAAAGUGGGCCGUCUGUAAUAUUUACUUGGCUCAUCCCACGCUUAGUUCCCCGCAAGACGCUGACUUUCCAC